AUGCAAUCCGCGAAUAUUAGUAAUAGUAUAGCAGAGAUUAAUAAAAUCUCAUAAUCCAAUUAUCUACAAAAGGAAUCAACUCCGCAAGGCUUGAUGCAGUCACCUCUUUUAGGGAGCAAUAAGAAAAGAUAUUAUGAAUAUCAAAAUGAAUAUAAAAGCGAUUUCAAGCCUAGCUAAGUUUAACAUAUAGUUUUGAUUGCCAAAAAAAUAGAGAAACAAUCUAGAGAAAGCAAAGGAAGCCCAGUGCGUUUGCUGGGAGAUAAUAAUUAUAGAAUACAAACAGCACAAUAUGGCAACAAGUACACAAGAAAUUAUAAUUAGCAGUUCACUUCUAAUCUAAUAAAAGGAUAGACAUUCUAUGAUACAGGUUAUUAUUCUAAUUAAACUAAAUAAGAUUUAGGAGCUAACAACAAUACUCCUUCUUCAAUUUUUAGCUAUUCAGGUUUCUAGCAAUAAUAAUUCGAAUCAUAGUAUCAGUCAGCAAAUAACAUGGGCAGAACUUUAUCUAGUGUAAAAAACUAUCCGCUAACAGGUUUUCAAACAAAUAAGCCAGACAUUUUUAGCUAAAUCCAAAACUUUUAAUAAAAUUAACCUAGCAAAAAUGCUACAUAAAAUUAAAAUACUUCUCCUAAAUAGAAAAGUAUUUAAAAUGAAAAGUCGUAAGAGAAUAAUCAACUAUUAAAAAUACAUUAUUCUAGCACAAAUUAGACUCAUAAAUCCCCUCUUCAAGGUAGAUAGUUUUUUGUUAGUGAAUUGAAUAGAUAAGUAUCUGAUUAAAAUAACAAUUUUACAUCUGCUUACAGCUAGUAAGCAUUUACUUAUUAGUAAGGAGGAGGAAGAAGUAGCUCUUCAUAAGUAUAGCAGAGUUCAAACUAUAUGCAAAAUAUAUAGUUUUCACCUAAUUAAUAAAAUUUCUAGUAAAUUGCUCAGAAUAAAGAAGAAUCCUAUUACAAGUAUAUUGUUAACUAUGGGAAUAAUUGCCUUAUUGUUAAAAGAGUCAUGGAAACAAGAGAGAACUGGAGAGCAAUUGAAACUCACAAUACAGCCUAUAACUUUAGGUGGUGUCCUAUUAGUUAAGCAGUAAAAUUUGAUAGAAUUGGAAUAGGGAUGAAAUAGCUAGUUAAUCAUUUAGAGUUUCACAAAGAAUUAACAUGCAAAUACACUCUGAUAAAAAACUUAAAGCCUUAUUGUGAACAAAAUAAGAUAAAUAUGUUCACUUUAACACCUUUAACAUUUUUGAUUGACUUAGAUGAUGAAAAUUGUGAUUCUUCUCUGAAAAGAUUUGCAAAGUUUUUUUAUAAGCACAUGCCGAAGAACAGCUCAGUUCUCAAAAAACCAGAAAAUCCUAAAAAGGCUGUAAAUGAAUUUGUUAAACGCUUAAAACCUCUUAUGCAAUAUCCGAUGCAGGAUAAAAAAGAAAAACCGAAUCCCUUUUCAAAGCCUAAGAUGCAUGAAUCUUUUGCAAAUGGAGAAAACUACUUCUGGUUUUUAAAACCAACUGGCACAAAUCGAGGAAGAGGAAUUUACAUAUUCAAUUAAAUAGAAUAAUUAGAAAAAUACAUAUAAGAGUACUACGUAGGGAUGGAAGAGAAACCUUUAACAAAAAAAAAAGAAAUAGUACCUAAUAAGCAGGAGUAAGAAUAAUUAUAAUAAUAAUAAUAAUAAUAAUAGCUCCAACAACAAAUCAUAGAAGCUUAAAAUUGUUAGCAGAAAAAAGAAAACUCUUAAGAAAAAGAAUCUAAUUAGAUUUAAGAUUAAGAUUAACUUGACUUCAAAAGUAAAUUUUAGUUCUAACAAAAAGUGAUUCAGUAGCUCUAAAACCACUAGUAAUAAUUGCAAAUUACGUCUGUUUCUCCAAACUUAAGGUCAAAUGAAAACUAUUCUCCAGAAAAAAAUUAGUAAGACUAAAAUGCAGAUUAAUCUAAGAAGAGAAAAAAUACAUAAAGUAGUGCAAAUAAAGAUCCUGUGAGUAUCAUCAAGUGCCAUCAAUUUGUAGUAUAAAAGUAUGUGGAACGUCCAAUGUUAAUAAACAAUAGAAAAUUUGAUAUCCGUGCUUGGGUCCUAGUAACACAUACUAUGGAUGUAUAUUUUUUUAAAGAAAGCGUAAUAAGAACUUCUGGUUAAAAGUUUAACUUAGACAACAAUCAAAUUAAUAAUCAUUUCAUUCAUCUCACAAAUAAUGCUGUUUAGAGAUAUGCUGACAAUUAUGGAGAAUUUGAGAAUGGAAAUUAAAUGAGUCUGGCUAAUUUCUUUAAAUACUGCUAAGCUCAUCACCCAAAUGAGUGUGAUACAAGCAAAAUGCAUUAAGAUAUGAAAAACAUUGUCUACCACACUAUGAAUUGUGUUAAACGUAAAAUUAAUCCUGAAGACAGAAAAUACACUUUUGAAAUUUAUGGCUAUGAUUUUUUAGUAGAUGAUAAAUUUAAUAUUUGGCUUUUAGAAAUUAAUACAAAUCCAUGUUUAGAUGAAUCUUCACCUCACCUACAGCAGGCUUUACCUCGUAUGCUUGACGAUGCGUUUAAAUUAACCCUGGAUAUAAUAUUUCCAAAAACAAAAAUUCUUUAAAAGUAGUAGCCUUAAAUAAACAAAUCACCUUCUCAAAUAGUAAGCCCUGCAAAAGCAAUGAUGAAAGCUAAGAGCCCUAAAACAUUACAAAAUAUAACAAAUAGUAUAAGAACUGAAUAAAAUGAAACAAAAUUAGUUUUAUAAGAAGAAUAAGUAAUUGUAGAAAAUGAGUAACUACCAUAAAGUCUCAAUAUGAUAGAUGGAAAAUCUAUCGUCUUUGAGAAUAAAAAUGAAAAUAGCGAUUCAGCAUCUCCCAAAUGCAGUAGUACAACUCAGUAAGAUAGUUAAAUAUCUAACUCUUAGCCAGGACAUCCAAACAAUAGCAACUAUAUAUACGUUUCAAGCACAGUAAAAUAAUCACUUCCUCAAAGACUUACUAAAAAAGAAACAAAUUGGCCAGUAGACGGUUUUCCAGAUGAAGAAAACAUGUGGGAAUUUUUGUUAAAUAUUUAUUGCCCUAAACCAAAAUCAAAUCAUUCAUAAAAAAAAUCAACUUUUUGA